AUGCAGGCAAUUGAGGAAAUGAAAAGGGUAGACUCGAGUAUUGAUGUGCGCUUCUUGCUGCUGGAUCUUCAAAGCAUGGCAAGCGUGAAGGAAGCUGCUGAGCAAUUUAUGCGUGAGGAGACGCAACUGGACAUCCUUAUCCACAAUGCCGGGAUUAUGGCUGUUCCGUAUCAAGUGACCGAUGAUGGUUACGAGUCUCAGAUACAAACGAAUUAUCUUUCACCCUAUGCGUUUACACGAGCAAUCCUGCCUGCUCUUGAGCGUGCAGCCGCUGCGCACUAUGGAAAUCCGAACCGAGUUAGGGUCGUUAACGUCUCAAGCUCCGGGCAUAACUUUGCGCCGUCUAUUGGGAUCGACUUUGAGGACAUCAAUAUGAGUUCCCACACAGGGGAAUUCGCUCCAUGUAUUCUGCUAACAAUAACUGCCUACUCUCUCAACCCUGGCAACAUCAAAACCAAUUUACAGCAAAAUGUUGCGUCUAUCUCCGGUACAAUUAUCCGAGGACUGACCUUCAUCUCCCAGUUCAGUCUUCUCUCCACCGACGAUGGCAGCAGGGCUUCUCUCUUCUGUGCCACAAGCCCAAAUGCUCCGCAGUCUGCAGGCAAAUAUCACGAACCCUUCGGGAAAGUUAGCAAGAAGAAGUUUGAUCAUAAGCAGGCCGAGAAACUCUGGGAUUGGACUGAGUCAGAGCUGGCACGUUUCAACAUAUUCUAA